CAGACAUGCUAAUUUAUGUUUUAUAAACAAGCUAUCACUUCCAUCAGAAAAUCAUUUUUCAGUUAGUUUUUACAUCUUACAUACUUGAAUUAAUAAUAAUAAUAAUUACACACACACUUGCACAAAAAAAUGGGUUCAGUACUUUCCAGAAUUACAGCAUCACGUAAAGAUGAAGCCAAUACUACUACUACACCAGAUACACGUCCUGCAGGAAUACGUAAACGUUGGAGUUGGCGAUCUAAUAAAAAACCCGCUGAUAUUACUGUGAAUGCUGCGACAACAGUCAACAGAUCAAGUACACUACCAGCAAGACCUAGACUACAAGUUCAUGAAGGAGAUACUGAAACUAGAAGACAUGAUGAUAUUUUUGAUGAAGAACAACACAGCAGCAACAACAACAACAACAACCAAAAGUUGAUUCAAACAGCACUACAGUUAAACAGUCCUCACAAAGUGAAGCUAUCUCACAACAACCUAAUGAACAAAUUAAUGUUGAAUGUAUUAAUAAAUCUCUUGUUCAGGAAGUCCCCGAAGUAAAAGAUGUCAAAGAACAAAAUGAAUCAGAAAGCAAAGAUGAGUUGAAAACUUCAAUUUCAAUAGAAGAAGCCGAUCUUUUGAUGACACGUGUUUUAUCCGAAGAAGAGAAUGAAAUUAUCAAAGAGGAGGAUAAAGUGGAAUUAAAAACAGAUGGUGGUGUCCUUGCUCAUCCUGAUUCAAAUGUAGAAUUCGUUGAGAAUCUUAAAAAUGAUGAGGAACAUGACAAAGAUGCAGAACAUGCUAUUCAUGAUACAGGUGUAAUACAACCACAAGAAGAAAUCAAUAAAAGUCAAGAAGAAUUAAAUGAUAUUAUUGAACACUCCUUAAAACAAGAAGGCCUCCAAUUGGAUGAGAAUGAAGUAGUUCAUGAAAUAAUAGAAGAAGAAUUAAAACCAGUUGAACAAAAUUCAGUAACAGCUAUUCCUUUUGAAGGUGAAGAAGAAUUCCUUGAAGAAGAGAUUAGAAAACAUGAAAAUGCUGAAGAGCAGAAGGUUGUGGACAAUGAGAUAGUUGAACAUAGCGUAGACCAUCCUAUAAUUCCUGAAAACAUUCAAUUGAAUGAAUCAAUACAAAGUCAAGUUGAUGAGUGCUAUUCAAAUCCUGGCUUAGUUUAUACUCCAUUGCCAGAUCAGUUAAUUACUUCUUCAGAUACGAAUUUGAAUGAUUUAAACGAUACAAUUGAUGUAACUGGUGAACAGCACAAUGUAUUACAUCAAAUGAUGGAACACAGUAAUUUAGUAGAAAGUUUAAAUAAUAAGUCGAAUUCACCUGCAAAUCUAUCCAGUGAUGAAAUAUUUCUUAUCACUGAACCUAUUGAAAAGCAUACAGACAUUGAAUUAACAGAGAAUGAGAAUAGUCUAAGUGCUAUACAUCAAGCUGAACAAAGCGUAUCACCACAUGAACCAGGAGAUGUUAUCCCUACAGAAUCAGUCGAAGAGAUGUACACAAAAGAAGCUGAAAAAAUCUUGGAUGAUAUAUCAACUACAGAAAGAACCACACAAGAAGAUGAAAUCCAAGAAACAGUUCAGAAUGAGUCAGUGACCAGUUGGUUGCCUAACCAAAGUGUACCGCCUCAUCAUGAACCAACAAUCGAUAUAAAGUCUACCGAGUCGACUGAAGAAUUAUACACGAAACAAUCUGAAGACAACUUGGAUAAUACCUCUACAGAAAAUAUUCUAGAUAAAGAUGUACUUCAAGAGGUUGUGCAAGAUGAGUCGGCGACAAAUUGGUUACCAAAUGAAUGUGUAUCACAUACACCAUUAGAUGCAAAAUAUGCCGAAGUAAUUGAAGAAAUGUAUAUAGGACAUGCUGAGAAUAUUAUUGAUGAAGUAUUCACAAAGAAUAUUGAGAGUGAUAUUGUGCAUCAGAAAAUAGCCUCUGAUCCAUUGGUGAAAUGUUUAACUCAACCGGAUGCAGCUCAAGAAUUACUUGAAUUUGAGCCUACAGAAGUAGAAGAUGAAAUAUUUAUAAAGGAGGAUAUGCCUUCAGAAAGCAUUGCAGCCAAAGAAGUACUUCAAGAAGGCGUUCAGAGCGGCGAGUCAACUGAACAAAGUGUACCCGUAGAUAUUGUGCCUACAGAAGCAAACGAAGAAAUGUAUACUAAACAAGUUGAGAAUACUUUCGAUGAUGUCCCUUCAGAAAACAUUGCAGACAAAGAUGUACUUCAAGAAGGUGUUGAAAACGAGUCAGUGAACUGGUCAACUGAACAAAGUGUACCGGUAGAUGUUAUCCCUACAGAAUCAAUCGAAGAAAUGUACAGGAAACAAGCUGAGAAUAUAUGGGGUGAUAUAUCUACAGAUGAAGUUCAGAAUGACUCAAUGACAAACUGGUUACCUAAUCAAAGUGUAUCACCGCAUGAACCAAAAGAUGUAAAGUCUAUGCAAUCGAGUGAAGAAUUGUAUCCGGAACAAGCUGAUGAAAUCUUGCAUGAUAUACCUGUAGAAAACAUUACUACAACACUUGAAGAUCAACUUCAAGAAGAUGUACAGAGUGAGUCAGUGACAAAUUGGUUACCUAACCAAAGUGUAUCACCACAAGAAGCAGUGGAUGUAAAGUCGGCACAAUCAAUUGAAGAAGUGUUCAUGGAACAACAACAGGAGCAACAGCAAGAACCUGAGGACAUUAUAGAUAAGCUAAUCACGGAGAAUAUUGAUAAAGAUGCUGUUGUACAACAAGAGGAGAUGACAUCCAUCCAACUGCCAGAAUGUUUAUCUAACCCAGGAAUGCAUAAAGAAGAGAAUACUAUUGAAGAAACUUUAGAAAAUAUUCAACAUGACAACUUAAUGCAUCAAGAAUUCCAACAGAAUGAAGUGAUUGGUGAACAAAUCAAAGAGCAAAUUAUGUCAUCAGAUGAACUACAACUAGAAGUACAAGAAAAGCAGUCUUUUCCAGACACAACACUGAGUGAAGAGAAGCUAGAAGCCAAGGAAGACGAAGUAGAAAUAAUAGCAAAUCAAAUGAAGGUUAGUCUUGACAAUGAUAUUGCAGAAGAUAUGCAUAACGAAGAAGUUGUUAGUACUACUGAGGCAAGUGAACACCUACCGGAAUCAGGUAUGACAACUGAAGAGUCAAUUGAUAAUCUGAAAUCGGAAUUAGAAUCAGCUUAUACUACUACUACUAAUCCUACUUAUAAUACCGAAAUAGCUGGAAUAAAUCAUGAUCUAAUUUCGUCAAAUAAUCAACACAUGAAUUCUACUGAGAAUUUAUUCAUUCAUGAUAAUGACAAUAAAGAAUCCAAUCUACCAUCGGUGGAUGUUAGUCAUCCUACUGAAAUCGAUGAUAAAAAUCAUGUUGUCGAAGAAGAAGCGGACAGCUUUAUUAAAUCUGUAUUACAAAAUGCUCAAGAGCAUGUAUGGAAUGAAAAUCAUAUAAAUGAUCAACCACAACAAUAUACUACGAUGCCGACAAUUCCCACUCCUACAAGUCUAACAACUGGCAGUCAACAUAAUUCAAUGAAUAGUUUAUCAGACAAUAACAAUAAUAAUAACCAUGGUGAUGAUGAGGAGGCUGAUGGAAUUACAACUGAUGAAAAUAUUCUCAAAAUGAAGAAACUUGAUUUAAACCAAUCCAAUGAUCUAAUGGAACAGGAUCAAUCAUCAAUUGGAAAUGAAUUACAUCAUAAUAAUCUUACAAAUAAUUCAAAUGGUAGUCAUCAUAUUUUGUAGACGAAGAAAUUAACCCAUCACCACCUACCCACCCCCUCCACACACACACACACACCAGAACAGACUGAAAUCGAUAUAUUAUUUUGUAUACAAAAAGCAAUUGAAUUGAGUAAAUUAAACUAACCCAGUGGAAAAAUUAAUACCCUCCUGCUCUCUUUCUCUCUCUCUCCAACCAAAUUCACCCCACCCCGCCACACCAACUCUCGUCCUCCUCGUAAACAUACCUACACACACGUACACACAGUACUCAUACAUCCCCCCCUAUGGAAUUAAGUGAGUUUCAAUACUGAUUACAUAUUUGUCAUUAUUAUUAUUAUACUAUUAUGAUUAUUGUUAUCUUUAAAACACCAAUUGAGUUGUACUCAUUACUAACCGUUGUGUAUUAUCAUGAUUAUGUCUAUCUUAUUCUCGCAUCUUUUUUUUGUAUUUUCACUUCAUCGAUUUUUUCUCAUGGAUAUACUUUUUUUGAAUCCAUAUUGUACUUCUUUUUUAUUUGUUAAUCUGAUGCAUUUUUCUCGUGUAUUUGUGUGCGUGCGUGCAGGUGUGUGGCUGGUUUCAGUGUUUGUUCCCGCUUUUCUUUUUCUCACCUUAUCAUUUCAGUAGUAGUAAUAAUAGAAAGAGGAAUGCUUUUUAGAAGACUGUAAAAGUUAGUCAGUUAGUUAGUUCGUUAUUUUCUUACACGAGGAGAAGGAAGCAGGUUAUCAUCGACUCCUUUAUUUUAGGGAAAAUUUGUCAUUGUGUUUGUUCUUGUAGCUUAUAUAUGUGUGUAUGUGUAUAUCACGACAUGUAUUACAUAAUACUCUUGAUUCUAUCUACUCUUUUUGUUGUGUUUUUCCUACCUGUCUCACUUUUCUCUGAUCACUCAGUCUUUAUUUAUUUAUUUAUUAAUUUCUCGAUUUGUUUAGUGUGAUUGAUUGAUUUCUUUCAGUUUUGUCCGCCUAAUUUCCAUGAUUGAUGGACGUCUCUUUUUAACGCCAAGCAAAUUGAAAGAUACUUUAGUCAAGGUUUAUUUAUAUACUAGUGUGUUCUUCUGUUAUAUAAUCUUGCCUUAUGUGUGUGUUUUUAAAAAAGAAAUAAUUAUUUUCUAUUGGGAAAAAGACACCAUUUCACACAUACACACACACGCAUACACUAAACACAGACAUAACCUUGUUCUUUUGAAUUUUGAUGAACAACCUAUUGUCCUAAUUAAAAUGUGAUUAUCUACUAACGAAGAUAUUUUGUGGUGGUGCUUUUCGAGAAAACCGCGAGCGCUUCUUUCAACAUGCAUUGAACACAUCAUUUUAAACAAAUAAAUGUGAGUGUGCGUGGGCGUACGCGUAAAGUUUGAAUAAAAUAAUUAAUUAAUUGAUUGACACAUUUUCUAAGCUUCUCAUUUUAAUGUUGUUGUUGUUUGUUGUUGGUUGUUGCUUAUUUUCUCAUUUUGGCAUUCAAUGAUUUAUGUGGUACAAGACAGUGAGUAGUGAUAAGUAAAACAAAAUGGCGACACUAGGAAUAACAACAAUAAUAAUGGUCAUAAUGUGUAAAUCUUUUAUUGUGGUGGUUUAACAAGUACUAUUAUUGGAAUAAUGAUGAUGGUUUGUAAUGACUGCGUUGUUUCCCUACUAACUUUGUAAAAAAAAAAAUAAAUUAUCUGCUUACUGAUAAAUUUUCAUCAAUAAAAUAAAUGACGCUUAUUUCAUCGAUUCGAAAGUGUAUUGUUCUGUCUUCUUCUCCACUGCCCCUCUCCCACCCCCGGCACCCCACAAUCGUUUACUCACCUUUUUUCAUUUUUGCAGGAUAAUGUUUUGUUUGUCAUAUUAUUGUCAUAUUAUCUGCUAAUGCGUGUAUGACAGUGUGUGUGUUUGUGUGCGUGCGUGCGUACAUGCAUACGUGGAUUUUUAUUUUGACUCAUGCAUACAUAAAAACAAAUUAUGAUCUGUCCAGGUGUUGUCAAUGUUCUUCUUAACUCUGCGUUUAUUUUCUAUAUCACUAUUGUUUUGCAAUAACAGUUCUAUAACUGACAUAAUCACUUAUUGAUUGAUUGAUUUUUAAGAGUUGUAGAAGGGUUUUAGAAAACAAAAAUAUACGUGAAGCCUAUAUUAGCGAAAUUCUACAUUUCACGAAGCUGUUAUCAAAGUAUAGUAGUAUAUUUGCAACAAUAUAAAGUAUACUUAAAAAUAUGCUUUUGUUUAGAAGCUUUUUUAAUUAUGUCAGGUUUGAUCAUGUAUCGUGGAUCAGUUAGACAAUUGUCGACAACUGACUGACUGGUUUCAAUGUAGAACUUUGCACAAAUGUGCAGCUGUUCGGGUUACCACACUUCCUCCAUGUAGCACAUAAAGCAAGAGAAUAAAGUAAAAAGAGAUUUAAAAGAGAGAUAAUAGACAGCCUUCGGUAAGAGUAAAGAAUAUACACCAAAGUCAAAUGACCUUGGUUUAACCAAUCAGAUUCUUCUGGGCGAAAAGUGGUACUCAAUUUACAAGGAAAUUUACCUACGAUAUAUAUGUAAAGUUAAAAUGAAUCAUAUAGGGUAUAUAUCUCUAAAAUGCUGCAAAAACUGG